ACCUAAUUCUAUUAAAUGACUACUAACCUUAUUGAUAAUUACCCUAUUAAUAAUUAUAGUAAUAAAUAGAGAAACCCUACAGAAAUCGGUUUCUAACAUAGUAGGAGUACCAGUGGACAUGUUGUCUUUCUUGCGGGAGGUGUCAUUUCCUUGGUCUCAAAGAAAUAACUUGUGGUUACUCUUUCUACAACAGUGGCUGAAUUCAUGGUUGCUGAAUAUUGUGUUGCACAUUGUAUCUGGUUGAAAAGAAUUAUGGAAAGUAUGGGAUGGAACACUAGUGUGAUUCGCAGUACAAUGAUUUUAUGUGAUAAUAGCUCAACUAUCAAGCUAUCCAAGAACCCAAUACUACAUGGAAGGAGCAACCACAUUGAUGUUAGAUUUCACUUUAUAAGGGAUCUGGCAAAGGAUGAAGUUAUUGAACUGGAAUACUGCAAUACUCAUUAACAGGUUACAAGCAUCAUGACCAAGGAUUUCAAGUUGGAGUCCUUUCAUAUUUAAAGAAUCUAGUUGAAGCCAUCAAUGCAGAAUGAAGAAGUGAGAAGAAGUGAAUUGAAACUUGUGAUACAACGAGCAUCAGUUCAUGGUGAUAAGGGCGAGACAUACUCGGCAACUACCUCUCCAUUUCCCCUCUCUCUUCGUUUAUGACUGUUGCUUUUCUGUUCUUCUGUUCCUAAGUUUGUGUUAGUGGAGAAUUAGCUUCCUUAGGAAUAGCUAUUAGUUGAGAGUCUCAUUGUAUAAAUUCACAUCAAUAACACAAACAUAACUCAGGUUUUCUGAGGCUCUUACAUGGUAUCAGAGCACAUUGCACUCUAGCGAGUCACUUCUUCUUCUUUUUCUUCUUUCUUCUCAAUCCUUCUUCUUCUUUCUUCAAAGCCAACAAUGGCCACCGACCCUUCCUCUGUUCGUCUUCCUCUGCUUCUGGCGAUUCCACUUCGCUGCCGGUUUCAUCCAUCUCCUUGCCAGCCAACCCACAGCUCACUGUCAAGCUCACCCCAACAAAUACUUAUUGUGGCAUGCCCAAAUCACUCCUCUUCUUUGCUGUCAUCAAUUGAUGGGCCAUGUUGACGGUUCUCUUCCUGCUCCACCACAAAUCGUCAAUGGCCAGCCCAAUCCCGCCUACUGGUCGUGGUAUGUGCGUGACCAGUAUGUGCUAACCUGGAUCAAUCUCUCGCUCUCCAAGGCCGUUCUGCCCAACGUCGUCAACAAAGCCACUGCUCUUGACGCUUGUUCCGCGUUGGCUACCAUUUACGCUUCGGGCUCUCCCGUCGUCAUCGGCCAGCUCCGCAAGGAUCUCUUUCGUCUCUCUCGCGGCAAUGAGACGAUUCAUGAAUAUCUCCACCGCGCAAAAGCAAUCUAUGACAAGAUGCUCGCUCUUGGCGCGACGGUCACCGAACAAGAGCUGGUGAUUGCUCUUCUGGAUGGACUCGACGAGGACUACCGUCCUUUCACUCGGAAUCUGGAGGUGCGUCUGGAACUCAUCACUUUUGAAAACGUGAGCAGCCUGCUUCUCAGUGAGGAGAUGCAGCUCCAACGAUUUCGAUCGGCGUCGGCUGCCUUGUCUUCCCCGCAGUCUUUUUAUUCCGAUCGAGGGGGCGGAACGGCAGCCGUUUCUCACGCGGUCGAGGCGGCCAAUUUGGGGGUCGGGGGUCAUUCCCCCAGCACCGUUUUUCUAACCCUUCUUUUGCAGGUGGACGGCCCAAUCAAGGUGGCCCAAGGCCUGUCUCAUCUGGGCUGCUGGGUGCUGGGCCUGCAGGCCGUUCACUUAUGCUCUGUCACAAUUGCGGGGGGAAGAGACAUGUACGAGCCCAUUGUCCAAGCCCCAUUAUUCAUGCCCAAUCCAAUUAUCACCCGGCCCAUCCUCAUAUCUUGCCCAAUCCUCUCACCCGGUCCAGUCAUCCCAACAGUGGCUCCUUGAUUCCGGCGCUAAUCAUCAUCUUACCGCCGAUUUGGGUAAUCUGCUUCAUCAUUCUGAAUAUAGUGGUCCUGAUCAAGUCACCUUUGGCAAUGGUAAAUGCCUUCCCAUCUCUCAUUCUGGUUCCUCUCAUGCUCAUCUCUCUAAUCAUUCCUAUGUUCUCGAUAAUAUGCUCCGCGUUCAACAUGCUCCUCAAAACCUUCUCUCUGUGAGCUCCUUGACUCGUUCUAAUCCUAUUUCCAUUGAAUUUGUUUAUACAUAUUUUGUGAUCAAGGAUCGCCGCAUGAAGGCUGAGCUCUAUCGUGGUUGUGCGCGGGAUGGACUCUACUCAUUGCCUCUCCAUAUCCAAAGUCGCACUCUUCCUCGUGUCUUCACUGCCUCUCUUGAUCUCUGGCAUCAACGGUUGGGACAUGAAAAUCUCUGGGCUGUUAAACAUCUUUUGUCUUCGAAUUCAUUAAAAUACCAUGAUAGUCCCGAUUCUUUGUGUCAUGGUUGUUCUGUUAGUAAAAUUCACAAACUACCAUUUCCUUCAUCCUCAUAUCGUGCUUCUGCACCAUUAGAACUUAUUUGUAGUGAUCUUUGGGGCCCCGCUCCUAUUCUCUCUUAUGAUCAUCAAUCUUAUUAUGUGUUAUUCUAUGAUCACUAUAGUAAGUUCAGCUGGGUGUAUUUUGUGCUAUAUAAAUCUCAACUCUUAAAUGUCUUCAUCCAAUUUCGUCAACUUGUUGAGAAAUUUUUUGGUCUCCCCAUCAAAACCUUUCAAUCUGAUUGGGGGGGGGGGUGAAUAUCAAGCCUUAUCUUCCUAUCUCGCCGCCAAUGGCAUUACUCAUCAUUCUUCUUGUCCCUAUACUCCCGAACAAAAUGGUUGUGCCGAGCGGAAACAUCGCCACAUUGUUAAUAAUGGUCUUGCUAUGCU